CAGUGCAGCGGGGGCGGGCGGAGGGCGGGCCUCUGCCAGAUCUAGUCGGACAGGUGGAGCCGGGGCUGGAGUCUCAAAGGCUCCUGAGUCUCAAAGGCUCCGGAGUGGAAGGGCUGGAAGGGGUGCCGGAGAGGAGGAGAGCCAGGAGUUGCGAGAGACGCUGGAGAAUCCUUAGCCAGGAUGGAGGCAGUUGUGAACUUGUACCAGGAGAUGAUGAAGUAUGCAGAUCCUCGGGUCCAGGGCUACCCUCUGAUGGGGUCCCCCCUGCUAAUGACCUCCAUCCUCCUGACCUACGUGUACUUCGUUCUCUCACUUGGGCCUCGCAUCAUGGCCAAUCGGAAGCCCUUCCAGCUCCGGGGCUUCAUGAUUGUCUACAACUUCUCCCUGGUGGCGCUCUCCCUCUACAUUGUCUAUGAGUUCUUGAUGUCUGGCUGGCUGAGUACCUACACCUGGCGCUGCGAUCCUGUGGACUAUUCCAACAGCCCGGAGGCACUAAGGAUGGUUCGAGUGGCCUGGCUCUUCCUCUUCUCCAAGUUCAUCGAACUGAUGGACACGGUGAUCUUUAUCCUCCGGAAAAAAGACGGACAGGUGACCUUUCUACAUGUCUUCCACCACUCAGUGCUUCCUUGGAGCUGGUGGUGGGGGGUAAAAAUUGCCCCAGGAGGAAUGGGCUCUUUCCACGCCAUGAUCAACUCCUCUGUGCAUGUCGUCAUGUACCUGUACUAUGGGUUGUCUGCCCUUGGCCCUGUGGCUCAGCCUUACCUGUGGUGGAAAAAGCACAUGACAGCCAUCCAGCUGAUCCAGUUCGUCCUGGUCUCCCUGCACAUCUCCCAAUACUACUUCAUGCCUAGCUGUAACUACCAGUAUCCAGUCAUCAUCCACCUCAUCUGGAUGUACGGUACCAUCUUCUUCGUGCUGUUCUCCAACUUCUGGUAUCACUCCUACACCAAAGGCAAACGGCUCCCCCGUGUACUUCAGCAAAAUGGAGCUCCAGGUACUGCCAAAGUCAAGGCCAACUGAGAAACAUGGCCUACCUAGGCGCCCACCUAAGUGCCUCAGGACUGUGCCUUGGGCAGCAUCUGACAUUUUUCUUCCCACCUAUACCUGUGACCAGGGCUUAUGUGGUCAGGACUGAGCAGGGGACAGGUCCUCCCCUCCCCACAGCUGGUACACAGGGACCACAGCUUCCGUUCCUCACCCACUUCUGGCCAGCUCCAAGGAUGUGGCCUCAUUGCCCUCUGCCACUCUGGAGCUGGGGGCUUGAAAGGGCUGGAUACUUAUUUCCCCCUCCCUGCCUUAAACUUGGGAGAGGAGCACUCAGGACUGGCCCUCAACCAGGGUCUUGUGGCCUUUUUCCUCACACUGAAGAGGUCAGCAAUAAUCUGUCACUGUGGACCCAGGAUCCCUCCUCUACCCACGGUGAAGCAGAAGCUUCUUGGCCAAAGGUCAGGGUGGGUGGGGGGCCUGGGAAUACAGCCUGUGGAGGCUGCUCCCUCGCUUAUGUCUCCAUUAAAAGUGACAGAGAAAACCA